CUAUGAUACGCUUGGCGAUCGAGUUUGAUCGUGAACAUCGAGUGUAUGAACCCGGCGAACUUGUAUGUGGCAAAGUGGUUGCCGAAUUUGGAAGGCCGAAAAAGAUCAGAGCGGUCAAACUGGUGGUGAAGGGUGAGUCACUGGUGGAGUGGUCUGCGCAAAGCGAAAAACCUGACUCAGAUGGCCACUAUCAUUAUGAGUCGUUUAGUGGUCGUGAAGAAUAUUUCUCGUCGCUUUUCUAUCUUUUCGGAAGCGCCAACGGUACACCUGUCCAACUUCCAGUUGGACAGCUCGUUUACCCGUUCAAAGUUCAACUCCCGAUAAAUUUACCAAGCAGCUUCGAGCAUAAGCAUGGACAUAUCAGGUAUACAAUCAAAGCGGUAUUCGAUAGACCCUGGAAGUUCGACCACGAAGUCAAGACUGCCUUCACUGUUGCUGCGCCCCUAAACCUCAACCAGAAGCCGCAAGCUUCCCUCUCUAUCCGCGAAGAGAUCGAGCAUGGUUUUUGCUGCCUUUGCAUAUGCGUGGGUAACAUGGGUGCGACAAUUUCCAUUCCGUCAAGUGGAUACGUGCCUGGCCAGGUAAUACCUGUGACUGUGGAGUAUGAAAAUCAUUCUAACGUUGAAGUGGAGAAAAUCAAAAUCGCUCUGAACAAGAGACUCAAGUUCUACGCGAGUACACCGAGCAGUAAUACCAAGGAAGAUAAACUCAAAACUGUGGAGGCGCAAUGCCGGUCGCCAUUCAGAAAUAAAUCCGUAAAUCAGGUCACAAUAAACCUAAGGGUUCCGUCACUACCACCGUCGAAUCUUGACUAUUGUGGGAUAAUCGACCUCGACUACGUACUCAGAGUUGUCAUCUGCUUUGAGGGAAUGCACUGUAGCGUUGAGCGAAAAUUCUCCAUACUGAUCGGUACGAUCCCUCUAUACAAUUCGCUUAACGCGUACAACCUUAACAACGUCACAGCUCCACCACCGACUGCACCCUUAUUGCCGGGACUACCUCCUACUAGUGUAGUACAACCGAACAACCAGCCAGGGCCAUCAAUAGGAUUCGUAGUCACGAAUGCGCCUUAUCCAAGUCACCCCGGUCCAAGCGAGUUACCUCCACCGUCGUAUGAGGCUUGCGUUUAUGGGGCUCGCAGUAUCAGGGGCAAAGAGGAGUCUGAGUAUAUGCAUGGUGCUAGAGUUCCCUUCUCUCCGCGGUAUCCAGUGUACAACUUAUACGGUUCUGCAAAUCCAACGCCUACCGCGCCCGGCUACGGAACACAGUAGUUGCAACUUGCAUAGCACUUUCGUCACCUUUUUUUACAGCGUUGGAUGCUUAUUUCUAACGCUUCUGGAAUUCCCGGAGGGUUCAUAGGUGUGUGGAUCGUGCGGGAAAAAACAUGAUGACAAAUUGCUUGAAUAUUAUGUAUCCACUCUCUUUUUGUAAUGUUUAAACAUACCUAUUCCAAAGUGUCCAAACACGGGAUGAUAAAAUGUGCACGAUCAUCAUAGAAGUUACAAGUUUUUCACGUUUAUAUAUUGUGUUUGGUAAUUAAUUUAAGUCAAACGUUGCAAAGAGAACUUUCAUAUUUUUAUUCUACGUAUACGUGUGAACGUAAUACACAACAAAUAUGAUUUAGCGUCAUUUUCUUGUAGUAUGUGGGCUCAUUUCCGACCUAUGCUUUUAUUUUGCUGAGUAACCGAAAAUAUUAUGCCAAAUUAUGUAUAUUUGGAACAUCAAUGGAAAACAUGGUUUCGAGCGGAAUAUAUCGAGAGGUGGAUGCCGUACUACACGUAAAGUGAUAAAAAUAACAAAUUAAAUGUGAUAACGAAGCGAUAACUGAAAUGAUGAAUAUUAAUUUAUCAUACGAUAAAAGUUGAGACUGAUUUUUACAAAUUUUCACAUGCCAUGAUAUGUAGAGAGGUGCGCGUGCCGGCCAGAUUUUGCUGGAGUGGUGACAAUGCGUAUAUUUCCGUAAAAGGGCAGCCGUGACAUGUUUAUGAACCAAUCGUUCGCAAUAGAACAGUAAAUCAUAAAUACUUAGAUCGGCGAAUAUAUAUUCAUCAUUUAUUACGAAAUGUAGAGAAAUUACAAAGAACAUUACCUCAGAGAUUAGGAAGAAGAUAAAACAUAAAAUAACGAAUUGUAAGGCAAUAUAUAUCGCAUAGAAAAUUAUUAUACUUGUUUGUAAUGAGACAUAACAGUAAUUCAAAAAGUUAAUAAACGAUUGUUCGCAAAGUAAGCGCCGCUUAUGGUUACUGCGUAUUCGUUGCCAAUGAAUACGUAUAUAAUGAUAAUGAUAUAUACGGCAGAAAACAUAAAGAUAUCGAGAUAUGUCGAUGUAAUUGUCUCCGAACGCAACAACCACGGUGCCCGACUCCAGUUCUAAUGCCCGGAGAUUAUGUAAACUUACGGGAUAUAAAUUACUCACAAAAUUUGCAGUGUACGUUUUAUCGUUCCACCGACAUAAAUUUCAAGAAAAUCUGCAACAGCUGAAAUUAAGAAUAAGAUCCUAAUGUAAAACAAAUAGUUGUGUGAAUUUGUUUACCACGCAUCGAUUGCCAUAUCACUUGCCCAGUUCCAAACUAUUUGUAAAUGCUAUCGUUUGUUGUAUGAAAAAACAUUGGACACGUCAUUUUCAUAAAACUGCCUCCACACUCUGCCCCCCAAAAAUGGAUUUCU